AUGGCCCCCAAGAAAGGCCAAGGCAAGGCCCCUCCGAGAUCCUGGGCCCCCCCGGCAGGAUAUACUCCUCGACAGACUCGUAGACAGACUCGUAAUCAACAACAGCAGCCCAGCCUCUGGCAAGGACUCACCGAUAGAGGAGAGGCAUACGACGCCCAAGGCAACCAUGUUCUAGUGCGCCCGGUGCGCCAGCGUCAAAGGCCACAGCAGUCGGCGGCGCCUCCUCCUGCACCACCACCUCCCCCACCGGCGCCCGCGCCCGCGCUGCCUCCUCCCCCUCCGCCCGCUGCACCUGUCCUGCCACCGAUGCCUUCUCCCCCUAAUGCUGACUCGGGCGAUGAAUCUGAUGACGAGCCUGGUGAUAAACCUGAGAUUAGACCUGAUGAUGGGUCUGAUGAUGAACCCAACACAACAACUGCGCCUGAAUCUGGCGGUGAAUCUGGCGACGAACCGAAUAACGAAUCUGGUGACGAAUCUAGGGAGACUGAAGCAGAUAACGGGUCUGACGAUGACUCUGGCGAUGAACCUGAGGCUAGAUCAGAUAACGAAUCUGGUGAUGAAUAUGGCGAUGAAUCUGAGACUGGAUCAGGUCACGAAUCUGGUGAUGAUACCGCAGGUCCUUCAUCAGCUCCCACGUCGCCAAAACGCCCCACGAGAACGCCCCUUCCGAGUGGAAGACCAACAAAAAUCACGAUCAAGUUCAAAACGACCAGAACACAGACGGCACCAUCUGCAGAGAGCCAAGACGGUACUGAUUUGGACUCUCCUGCUGGCCCAUCUGCAGGCGAAUCCGUCAGUGAUUCACCCGGCGACGGCAGUGAUGAAGACAGCCCAAAGAAGCGGAAGAACAAGGGAAAGCAAAAUGCAACACACAACGAGGCAGACACCGACUCGGAUCCCGAAGUGCCUGAAGAAAGCUCUGAGCCUGCAGAGCCCGAAGAUGACGCCAGUCGUGACGACAGUGAAGAACACACCAACAACUCUCACAGCGGCGAAGGCAGUGACCCAGAAGGUUCACAGGAUAGCGACCAAGGUACACCCGACGAAGCCACGCCGUCGAGAAGAUCAACUCCCGGGUCGGUUGGAGGGAACUCUGAGCACACGUCCACCCCUUCAAAGACACCUCAAGAAAGAAAGGUGUCGAAGAACGAGGAUCCGAUUCAAAUAGGCAGCGACGAGUCUGAACAAGAGAAUGAACCGCAUCAACGCACCAUCGUCCACUAUGGCAGCGAUGACGAAACAGAAAUGUUAGUUCAUGAGAGGCCUGACCCAGACCAGACCUUCGACAAUGGAGAAAAUACUCUCAACUUGGAGGAUUAUCCAAGCUCGGUUGCCGAAGGUCCCGACUGGAGGGAAGAGUACGAUGGAAGCGAGAAUGACGGCGAUAAUCAGCAUGAUGACCCAAGUGGCAACGCCGGAGGUGACUAUGAGGACAAAGAUAACGACGACGAUGAUUCUGAGGUCCAUCUCCCCGACUACACGAUGUUCGAACCCGAUGAAACCGAGGGUCAGCCUGAAAUGGGCCGCGUACAAGGCAGCGAGUCGGAUCUUUCGAGACAGUCUUCGCCGAGCGGAGUCUCGCCGGGCUUCCCUCGAAACAAUCGUUCGCCCAGCCACUCUCCGGAUCCAUCUGCCGGGGGACAGCAGCACCCAUCAGGCUCGAGCGGCAGGCAAGGUUCUACAGCUCAGGGAAGUAAGAACGGACAGUCCAGUGGCAGCAACAAGAGCUCGGCAACAGGAGGCGGGAACGGCUCUGCGGCAACGAAGACGAAGAAUGCCACUGGAAAGAGAGGAAGGCUGGAAGAUUUUGCCACAGAUGACGAAGCCAGGCCACAGAAGCGACAAAGGGAGGACAAGACUGCGCCCCCGAGAGUCACAACCUCAGACUUCAGAGAAGCGGGAAACGACAAAGAGACCAAGCAGCUCGCUUGA